AUGGGGACAUUGUAUGCUAAUCGUGCGCCAGACAACAUCGACUAUGAUUACCUUAAAGACCUGAUCAAGCACCAGACGACGCCCGGCACGAACAAAGCCGUAUCGAUCCCCGGUCAGGGCGAGAGCAGCGAGCGAGCAUUCGGCGAGACAUUUCUCCAAGUUCUCCAAGCCCAGCAUGACCGGAUCAACCUGUUCGUACGCAGCAAGAGUGGCGAGAUUGAGCGAAGGCUGGAACACAUCGAGAAGAGUUUAGAGCAGCUGCGGCAGAAGCAGCGCGCAGGCCCAAAUGGUGCCCGCUUGCCGGCCAGAACGGUGGAGAAAUAUGCGAAGAUAGAUGCGGACGUCAAUCGGACUGGAGAGGAGAUCCGCUCGCUGUCUCGAUUUCAAGUCGCUCAGGAAACUGGCUUCACCAAGAUCUUGAAGAAGUACAAGCGCUGGACAGGUGAUAGGGAAAUGGCUCAAGCUUUCACAGAGCAGAUCAAGAACCGACCCGACAGCUUGUUCAAGCUUAGACUGGGCUAUCUACUUGAGCAAUACCAGGACGUUUUAGACGCUCUUCGCGCAGUCUUCGAUGGCGAUGGCAAUACGGCGGCCGAAACGAAACAUGAUAAUACACAAUCGGCGGCAGCCAGCAUCGCGAGGGCUCUGCAACGAGGUGACGACCUGGACUUUGAUACGGCAUUAACUACCGUUCCUCUCGGGUCCAAUGGCACCAGAGCAACCUACUGGAUACAUCCCGACCACUUUGUGGAAACCCAAGUAUUGCUUCUUCAACACAUGCGGCUUUAUACUGGUAGCACCAGAUCUUCGUCGCGCAACCAGUCUGCACGCCCGUCGCCAACCCGCCGGAAAUCGUCUGCAGCAAACACAGAUAAGUAUUUUGGAAACGGAGACGAAGUGGGCCUUCUUGUCUUGGACCACGCCGAAGCGUUUGCUUUCAAGCAGAACGCGAGCACGAUAAGCUCGACUGAGGCCACGAAAGGCAAUGCCAUCUUCAAAGCUGCUGGUAAUGUGCAUUGUAUCUCGUCGGGUGACGCUGCAGUGGUUGUUCGCAUCGAUACCAAUGAUCAAAAGCAAACAGAAAGUGAAGUGAAGACAGCUAGAACCAGCUUGAAGACUCUACCAGGGCUCUGGAGUGAACAGACGCAGGCUAGUGGCACACAGGAAGACCAAGCCAGUCGCAGCAACAACGAACUCGCAGCUGUUCGCCAGUGGCUCACAGAACACAAAGAAGUAAAGCCGAUUGCAGGCGUUGGGUCGAAGCGCACUCGCUUUGUAGGCCUUCAAAACAAUUCUGGAGCCGGUCUUUGGGCGACCUUAGAUAAGGAAGUCUACAUGAAAGGUUCCAUGAGCCAGGACCUUGCCAAUGCCGAUUGGCCAUCUGCUGCUCGCUCAAACGCUAUCAAAUUCCCACAUGCUAUACUUGAGGUCCAAUUGGUCAAGAGGAGAAGUCGAAAGGCCAUCAAGAGCAGCAGCACCGAGACAAUGUCACAGAGCUCCCCACCAAUGACUUCUACCUCCAACACGUCAUACGACGGGCAAACAAGCCCACUCGCAUAUCACACUGGCGACUCGUCUGUCACUUCAGAACUUGUUGAUGCGCCGUCACUACAGGCUUUCCGCAAGAAGCACAGAAAACCAUUUGCGGAGUACCCGCCCCCAAUAAGCUCAGCGGAACAUGAGCCAGAACCGCAGCGAUACUGGAAUGAAUACGAUCACCCUGAAGAUGAAGACACGGGCGGCUACUACAUCUAUGUAGACCCAGACGCGCCCGUGAAAUUUCCUGGUCAAGAGCUCUUCGAGGCUAUAUCAAGAAAGACCAAACAGUGGUUCGGUCGCAAAAAGCAACCUGACGAAGAGUCACUCCUUCAAUCUCCCGGCUCCGACACAAGCGACGACGGUACACUGGACAGUUCACCCAUCACUCAAUCCGCAGGCUACGGCACCAUGCCCACCCUGAAUGCCAAGUCCUCACAAGAAGGCUACUUCAGCAGCCUCUUCCGCACUCUCCGUGACCCUCAGCGCGACGCCCAAGCUCUGCAGGAGCGUAGGUCGCUCCUCACCGAGCUCGAGGUCCGCCAGCACAAGACCGAAAUGACCAAAUUGCGCUUCUACCUUACCUGUCUGGCCACAGCCAUCGUCAUCGAUGUCAUACUCGGUCUUAUGACGAUGACAAGUCGUAAAAAGGAGCGCGGUGCGGUGGACGUCGGCGUGCUUUUUGGAACGAUAUGUACCAUGGUGCUAGUGUUGGUGGCGCUUAUUAGUAUGAAGACGAGAAGAGAGAGACUCGGGUGGGUGCAUCAGGGCGCCGUGGGGUGUGUUGCAGCGGCUAUAGUGGCGCUCGAUGUUGUGCUUUUGAGUUGGGUGCUUCGGAUUUGA